AUGUUGCUCUCCAACCGCGUCCUCGUCGCUCUCGCGCUCGCAGCCUCCGCGCUCGCGGCCUCCCCCUCCUCCCCCCGAGUCGCACACGAGUCGCGCGCCGCCCCUCCACGCGGCUGGGCCCCCGCCGCCCUCCUCACCGUCUCCCACCCCUCCUCGCCCGACUACGGCGCCCACUGGAGCCCCGCCCGCGUCGCCGAGACCUUCCGCCCCACGCCCGAGGCCGCCGCCACCGUGCGUGCGUGGCUCGCGGACGCCGGUGUCGCGGGCGCGCGCCUCAGCCGGAGCGGUGGCUGGGUCGAGGCGGACGUGAGCGUCGCGGAGGCCGAGGCGCUGCUCGGGACGGAGUACUUCGUGUACCGGCACGCGGACGGGCGCGAGCAGCUCGCGUGCGAGGGGCGCUACCACCUCCCGGAGGACGUCGCCGCGCACGUGGACCUCCCAGUGGUGCACAGGCGGGACAAGGCGUCCAAGGCGUCCCAGGUCGGCCAGCCGGGCUUUGGCCCGGUCUCGCCCAAGACCACUGGGACGAUCAGCGUGGGUGCUUUGGAAGAUGAUAUCUUCCAUGAGCUCGAGCAGUGUGACACGCAGAUCACGCCGGACUGCAUUCGCGCGCUCUAUGGGUUCCUUUAUGAACCGCUUGCAGCGAGCAAGAAUUCCAUCGGAAUCGUGGAAUACACACCUCAAGCCUACGUUCCGUCGGAUUUAGACAUGUUCUUCACCAACUUUUCGAAAUCUCAAGUCGGCCAGCGCCCUGUUAUGGAUAGCAUCGACGGCGGAACCAUCGACGUGGGUGGCUCUGGAUUCGGUUACAACGGCGAGUCCAACCUGGAUCUGCAAUACGCGAUGUCGCUUGUCGGAAAGUCCCAGAAAGUCACUUUGUACCAGGUUGGCGACGAGGUCCAAGGUGCUUCGUUCAACAACUUCCUUGACGCCCUCGACGGCUCUUUCUGUACCUUUGAGGGUGGUGACGACCCGACCCAGGAUGGUGUUUAUCCUGACCCCUACGACGGCGGCUACAAAGGCCCCGAGGACUGUGGGACCGUCUCCCCCGCCCACGUGAUCUCGACCUCCUACUCCUACGACGAAGUCGAUCUCACUCCCGCUUACAUGGAGCGCCAGUGCGCCGAGUACGCCAAGCUCGGGCUCAUGGGUGUCACCAUGCUCUACUCCUCUGGCGACUACGGCGUCGGGGGCUACGGCGACGUCUGCCUCGACGACACCGGCGCGCCCUCCUACGACGGCACACGCUUCUCGCCCUCCUUCCCCGGGACGUGCCCGUACGUGACCUCGGUCGGCGCGACGCAGGUGAACCCUGGUGCGUCCGUGACGGACCCCGAGAGCGCGUGCGAACAGGUGAUCUACUCCGGCGGUGGCUUCUCGAACGUCUUCGCGAUGCCGAGCUGGCAGAAGGACGCGGUGAGCGGCUACCUGACCAAGUACCCGCCGCCGUACUCGACGGAGCUGUGGAACGCGACGGGCUCGCGCGCGUACCCGGACCUGUCCGCGAACGGCGCGAACUACGUCGUCGCCGUCCAGGGCGACUUCUUCCUCGUGUACGGCACCUCCGCGUCCUCGCCCGUCAUGGCCGCGAUCCUCUCCGCGGUGAACGACGCGCGGCUGGCGGUCGGGAAGAAGCCGAUCGGGUUCAUCAACCCCACCAUUUACUCGAAGGCGUUCAAGUGGGCGUUCAACGAUAUCAAGAACGGGACGAACCCUGGGUGCGGCACUGUCGGUUUCUCGGCGAAGCCUGGUUGGGACCCCGUCACCGGCGUGGGCACGCCCAACUUCCCUAUCCUCCUCGCGGAGUGGCUCCUCCUGCCGUGA